AUGGCGAGAUUUGAGAGAUCAACGGCUCUAACGACCCUUUUAAUAAUCGUGCUAGUCCAUGCUGACAUUUUAAACGAAAAUAUAACCAAAGAGGUGCAAAAGAUAGCAGUUCAGACCAAUAAUAAACAGACAACUAAGUCAACGUACAAAUUGACCAAGCCUUCGAAAUCUACAGUUAAGGAACCAAAUGACAUAACCAAUGAAUAUUAUCAGGAUUCCUACUCUACCAGUAUUUGGGCCGAGGUUACAGAGCCUAGCUCUAUGGAACAGCACAGCACAAGACUUAGUGACAACAUGUACCAGUCCGUGGAACAAGAAAUGUCCACCAUUUCCAGCACGGUUGACAAUCAGACUAGUAAUUCCACAUACAGAUGGACCACCGAAUCAUCUACGAUAAAUUCCCUACCGCCUAUUAUUCCUGCAGCUACUCUGGGCGUGGGGGUUGUUGUCAUGAUAUUAAAUGCUCUGGUAAUGGUGGCAUCUGCAAGAAACUCCGAACUCCGACAGAACACAAACUACAACCUCGUUAUGGGUUUAUCCCUGAGCGACUUCCUGAUGGGGUACAGCUCAUUCAUUGCUGGAAGUAGAUUACUUUUCCCAAAAUUUUCUGGAGUGCUAGUUUGGUGCAUCAUGGUGAAUUUAUGUGGCAUAACGAGCUUAAUAAUGUCACUUUUUCAGAUUUUCUUAAUUAGCCUCCAUCGGUUCCUUGUCCUUUCAGAAAAUGUCUGGGCACAACGACUCUUUGACGGCAAUCGGAAAUAUUACAUUUACAUUGUUAGUUGGGCAACAACAUGCACUCUGAUUUUCUCGCUCGUCUCUCCAGUCAAGGACCAAUCCAAAUGUUUUUAUUCAACAGUCUUUGGCCAAAAUAUCCACAUUGUACGACAGAUAUUAUGCGUUUUUAGCUCAACACUUAUGAUGCUCACCCUGAUUUUCUAUGCCCUUACAAUAUAUCAGGUAAGGAAGCGAUACAUGAAUAUGUCAAGUGGCUCUGAUGCCGGUAGGAUGGAGGAUAUGAAGCGAAAGAGAAUCAUCAAAUCGAUGAAAUUAGUGAGUAAGAUUCUUCUGGCCCUAUUUCUGUUCACUGGGCCAUUUAAUAUUUCUCUCAUGUUCACUACUACUCCUCAAAAGGUUGCUGUCGGCACCUUUGCAGCAGCAAAUUUCAAUUCUAUUUUGAACCCGAUCAUAUAUUGUUUUCACAUUACACAAUUAAAAAUGGAGUUGAAAUUGAUGUUUUGUUGUAAUACUAAUCAGUAA